AUGCCCGGCAAGCAUGGUACUCCUGGGGCACCAGGCCGCGACGGACGUGACGGACGUGAUGGCCGUGAUGGAGCUAAAGGUGAUCAAGGAUUGCAGGGGAAGACUGGGCCUCAGGGACCUCCUGGUGAUAAGGGACCUGCUGGUGUAAAGGGAGAGGAAGGGGCUAAAGGAGAAACUGGAGCCCAGGGUCCUCCCGGUCAAAUAAUGGAAUUUGGCCCGAUGCCGUUUAAGAACUGGAAAGAAUGCGUCUGGAAAAACGUGAAUGAUGGAAAGGAUAGUGGUCUGAUCAAGGUGAGUCGUGCAUUUGCCACUGAUAGGCAUAAAAUUAUCAAGUUUACACGCAACAUAGAUCAUGCAGCAGCCAUUUUCCAAAAGGCUGGUUUGCUUGCCCGAUGCAGAUACCAACGGACAUCUAUGGGAUACUGGCUUGCGCUCUUAUAAAGCGACAUCCUUUAUAUAGCGGCGUAGUUAAACACGUAGGCUUGUAUAAAUUCUGUCGGCAGAAUUUCGAGGGCAUAAGGCACUCUUUCCAGUAUUGUCAAUAGUAUUCACUAUUGGUCAUCAUCAAAAUAAAAUCUGAAAAAGGAAACCGUGAAAAUGAAAAUAGUAAUUGCAAAAUAAGAUUAAAAUAGGAAUUAAAAAAAUACCGUUUCAACUAAUCUGAGCGAUAUUGAGCAAAAUGCGAUGAAUAGCCUGCGUGGCAGACGUUUGAAAAGGAGGGGGAACGGGUUACGGGCGCGCGCGAGAUGCGCGAAAGUCUCCCUAGCGCGUGGUCUCUCACUCAAUUUCCCUCCCCCUUCCCUUACUAACAUCUUGCACCAGGCUAUGCAAUGAGAUACAAUUUCGCUAUGACUCAAUGAGGACUAUGUCCUUAUUCCCGGCCAUGUUUGUAAAAUUCAAAAUGUCCGAAGGCCAGAAAUCUUUUUCCCGGUACCCAGCACAAUUUGGGUACUUAUUACUUACUUGGAGCGUUAGACUGCAAAGAUCUAACGCUGUCAGGGCCUUAUUCCUCGCCUCCACCAAUUCCUUUCUUGAGGUAGGUCCCUCUCCAGGUUGUAUUUCGGUCUGCCCGGUUCUCUUUCUCCAGUUUGUGGCGCGCCCUACUUAAGGGUUGGGGGUAGGGUUAACUACUCCUCACCGUAAAAUAAGAUGCAGUUACUGAAACUUUGGGGACAAUCAGAAUUUAGGUGUCUGAGCAGAAUCAGUAGCAAACUGAAGCAAUUCAGUUUACGAGCAAUUGUCGGUAAAUCACUUCGGAAACUUUAUUACGUGGCCGCUUGUCCAUUGUCCGAAGAGAUCCACUUACUUGUUCUAUCUCAUAUAGCUGUUCAACAACUGGCGCGAUUUGGCUUUGGGAACAAAGAGGUACUUGGGCUUAAUUGUGCUAUUUUUCAUACAGAACCGUCAAAAGGCAAAGUGUCCGUUUUAUGCAAAUAGCCUCACUUACAGGCGUUCAGAUAGUGGAGUGCGAGAGAGGUAAGAGAGCUGGACAAAUAUGUAGAAAGAGAGGGAGAGGGGGAGAGGUUCCUUCUCUCUCACACCCCCUACCCGGUCGCUUGAACUUGUUAAUAUCACAGCCCAAGAGUUAUUUGCAAGAUAACCUGAUCCAGGUGUUCAGAUGGUGGGGACGGCGUCAGAGAAGUGAGCAGGAAAAACAGCAAGGGGGUGGGGUAGGGGAUGAGAGAGAGAAGGAACCUCUCCCCCUCUCCCUCUCUUUCUACACAUUUUUCCCGCUCUCUUACCUCUCUCGCACUCCACUAUCUGAACGCCUGUAAGUGAGGCUAUUUGCAUAAAAAGGACACUUUGCCUUUCGACGGUACUGUAUGAAAAAUAGCACAUUCAAUUUAGAGACAAACUACGUUUGUAAAGUUUUCAAGAAUGUCCCGAUUUUCUUCAGUGUUUUGGGUAAAACUUUGAGGCUUCGGCAUAGCAGAAGCGGGCCUGUGCGUGUGACUUCUGAACCCUGUGAACAGUCUUUGUCUAGAGACAUUCCAUCAUUAGAACGUUGUAUUCCAUUCACAGUUUAUUUGUAUAGCUUUUAUACAUACGUCACAUCUUUUACACAUUUCACCUAACACCUUCUUUGCAUAUACAUAGAGCGCGCGGAAUAUUUUCUCAUCGCUGAUGAUGCCGUAGCCAGCGAACAGCAGACGUAUUUCCGGUCGUUGUUUCUCUCCCCCCGAAAAAUAACGUCUGCGAACCGAGCGGCAAAACGAUUUCCGUGACGUAGAAACUUUUUAGUCAAUCACGGUUUAGCUCUUAAAAUCAAGGAACUAACUCGCGAGACUUCUCGCAAGAUCGUGCGCGGUGGAUAUGUUUACCAGUCGAAAUUGAAAGGACGACGGAGCCUGUGUACAGCCGCCCUUUUUCCUCAGAACGACGCGUUGACGAAAGUUAAUUUGCCAGGAUUGUGCGGCUUAUUGAUGAAAUAAGCAUCAAGAGGAUUCAUAUUGAAGAAAAUGAUUAGAGGACAUUUUUUAUCUAUUUGCCUACGCAGUCAAUGAUUUAUCACACCUAGUUGUUUUGAUCAUAUUCGAAACGAUAAAUGUCCUGAUGAUAGUAGACGCAUCAUGCCGACUGUUGCUUCCGUUCCUUUCUGGUUUCUCGCAUGAAAGUAUGCCUUGGAGAACUCUUCGAUAGUUUUUGGUGUCCCGCUUUAGAUAUUUUUUGGUAGAUAUCCUUUAUUUUUUAAAGGACAUGUGCUAAUUGAUUUCCCAUGCGUGGUUGCUUCUUGGUUCAGACAGAACUUUGAUCAGAUCGAAAGCAUUUUUGUUCUUAUAUUUCUUUUAAUUAAAUACAUUUUCUUUUCAAGGUUUUAAUUUCCAUAGUUUUUUAUAUGAGUCGAAGAGUCGCAGCUGAAAUGUCAUCUUGACUAUGAUCAAUUUACAGCUAUAACUAUUUAUUUCACGCAGGGUCUGGCCCAGGUUUACAAUAUUUCAGAUCAUAGUUUUGUCAGAUUUGUGGCGAUACUUGAAUUAUUAACAAGCGAUCGUCAGAGAUUUCUGAAUCAGUCGAGGAUGUGUCUGUAUAAUUUAUUCAUCACCAUUUGUCACCGCUGGUUGAAUUGAAAUAAAUACGUCCGAGCGCGAUGUCAUUAAGCUAUGUUGCUUUCCUUUCGCUUGAGCGUUUAUUUUAUUUUGUCCAGGUUUUGUUUAUGUCACGUACUACCGUAUUUUCAUAAACAGCAUUCAACGUCGCAGGAAACCUUGUUAUGGUCGUGAAAUUCACGUUCCAAAGCGUAUUUGGUUACUCUCGCCAAAAUCCAAGACACGCCAGCAAGGAGUCACUCUAGGAGUCACUCGAGCUGUUUUCUACCCUUUGGUCUGAUUGGCCAACGACAAAACAAACGGUUUUGCGUCACGGAAAUCGUUUUGCCGCUCCGGUUCGCGAACGUUAUUUUUCGGAGGGAGAGAAGCGACGACCGGAAAUACGUCUGAUGUUCCCAUGCUAAUGAUGCCGUUGAUCGGCGAAAGCUUGGAUUUUGGAUUUCACUUCUUUAAACAGCAGUUUGAGGCCUUACUACAACAGUUUUAAAUUUUUUCUGAACAAAUGUGGUGACCUUCUUGAAAAUGAUUUUACGCAUGUUGGCUCUACCAAAAAAUGAAAGGUUAACGUUUGCAUGUAACGAUUUUUCUCAAUUAGCCCUUGCAUUUAGACCUUUAUCUCAUAGUAAGACACUCAGCAGAGUCCCUGCUACUAAAAAGGACGUUUUAUCUCUCAGUUGACUCUGAAGACUUAUGCGCCGAUCAAUUAGAAACUUUAACAUCCCCCAAGGGCCCCUCCUGGGCAUAUGAACUUCUUAAGACAGGCCUAGUCAAAUUCUCCUUCUCUCCUCCGAAAAGGCUCCCGCUGGGUAUCCCACUAAAAAGAGUCUCUUUCCCCUUUCCAUUGUCCCCCGCGCCCUUUCCAUCUCCUAACAGGCCUUUGCGGAGGAGAGAGAAAUUCUCCUUAUACAUCAGCCCAAUGUAGUACUGUAGUCAAAUUCCUCUCCCAAAGAAGAAAUGUUUUGCAGAUUAUAUGGUGUGUGGAUUACAGCUGUUUCGGAUAACACGCGACCCGAGUUGUCAAAAACGUUUCAGGAUUUUGGUUUUUUCUUCUACUUCAAUCAAACCGUUACCAUAGCAUCCAAUCCUAUUUAGUCAAAUAAAGGCGGCAAUAACGAGCAGAAGCCAAAUUUAAUGUUGGCGGGAACGUACCGAUUCGUUUUCAUCCUCCCAUAUCUUUCUUUCAUCUGGAUUUGGAAGCUCUAUAGGAACAAUCUGACCUUGGGAAUCUAAGCUUUCCAUGUUUCAGUAAGAAGGUAAAAAAAUUGGAGAGUUAAAACGUAACGGGAACUCUGAAGUUCAAAAGCAACAAACCUUGAAACACAGAAACAAACAAAUCGCAAACCAUGACCUUUUGAACCCGUUGAAGUAAACUUCAGAUUUUGAUUGACGUCGCAGAAAAACCCAAAAUCCGAUGACAUUUUUGACAUUGCAGGUCGAGUGUUAUUCGAAACAGCUGUAAUGUAUAGUAAAUGUUUCGGACGUCUAAAAGUACGUCCGGCUUACAUGCAUCCACGUUGUAACACACCGAAUCUUAAAAUCUUAAAAAAAUUAAACUUCAGGCUUGCGGUUCAAAUUCAGCCUUCCAGCUAUGGAGUCAGCCCUGCCUCUACAUUUAACAACUGAUUUAUUUGUCUAUCCACAACGACCACAACCAAUAUUGCGCACUAGGCCAUGUAGGUCAUGUAGGCAGUUGCUGUUAGAUCUGAGCUAGAUCUAGGUUUUAGAUGUCAUGGAACAUUAAUCUGUCGCCGAGCCUCGUCAUCAAUAGAUUUUUUGCCCAAUUUUUUUUCGCAGGACUGUCUUUUCACCAAAAACUUUUCUGAUACUGCCCUUCAUGUUUACUGGACGGGUGCACUAAGGAUUACCAACUGCAAUACCUGCUGCAAACGUUGGUACUUCACUUUCAAUGGCGCUGAGUGUUCUGCUCCUCUGCCCAUUGACGAGUUGUUCAUUAUGAGGACAGUGUGGCGAAAGAUUCCAUCGGGUGUCCGCCAUGCUGAGGGCACUGUAAUAACAUCCAAAGGAAAGGGUACGUGGGAUUUGGAUCGGCAAUUGCCCCGGACAGUGAAACGCUGA